GUUUCAGGCUUUCAGCUUCCUCUCCAAAAAGCUUCAACCCACUUUCUUUCUCUGUGGAUUUCUUCUGGGUCCUAAUGUUUCCAACUCGAUAACGAUGACUUGGGCAUUGGGCUGGAAGAGGCCCUCAGAGAUUUUCCAUCUUGUGCUCAGCUAUGGCUCUGAGAAUCCCGCGAAAUGCAUUGACCGCACGACAACGUCAUCCCGUUCGUCUGCUUCAUCGUCAUUGUCGUACUCCACUUCUUCAAUUCUCUCGCAAAAACAAGAGAUUGGGUUUCGUAUUGAACUGGACUGGUCUGCGGCGGAGAAUGAGGACCAGGUGGCUUUAAAGCUUCAAUCGCAGCUAAUGGUGGCUCUGCCCAUGCCGCAGGACUGCGUGCUAGUCGAAUUAAGGGCUGAAGAUAUUGAGCGUGUGAUAUUGGAUAUGAAAGUGAUGAGGCGAAGAGACCCUUUAAGGGCUAUAACAAUGACCAAGACUGUUAACACUGGGCAACAGACUGAUGGAGCUGGGGUUUUGACUCGUUUGCUGAGUUCAAAUUUGGCUUCCUUAAUGCCGGCUGUUGAAGAAGGGGUCCACGGUUGCGGUGAUCAUUGGAGGAGUGUGUCCCUGCUCAGUAUUUGUGCCUGUGGCUUGUCGGUACUCCCAGUUGAGCUGAUUCAGCUGCCGCAUCUGGAAAAGCUCUACCUCAAUAACAACAGGCUAUCAGUUUUGCCACCCGAGCUUGGUGAGCUGAGAAGCUUAAAAGUGCUUAGAGUUGACAAUAACAUGCUUUCAUCAGUGCCUGUGGAACUGAGACAAUGUGAUCAGCUGGUUGAAUUGUCAUUAGAGCACAACAAGCUUGUACGGCCUCUUCUUGACCUAAGGGCUAUGACUGAGUUGCGGGUUCUUAGGUUAUUUGGAAAUCCUCUUGAGUUUCUUCCGGAAAUUUUGACUCUCCACAAACUUUGCCACCUUUCUCUCGCAAAUGUUAGGAUUGUAGCAGAUGAAAAUUUAAGAUCGGUGAAUGUGCAGAUAGAGAUGGAAAACAGUUCGUAUUUUGUUGCAUCUAGGCAUAAGCUAAGUGCCUUCUUCUCUCUCAUAUUCCGCUUUUCCUUUUGUCAUCACCCAUUACUCGCUUCUGCACUUGCAAAAAUAAUGAGAGACCAAGGAAAUAAAGCAGUUGUUGGUAAAGAUGAGAAUGCAGUGAGACAGCUUAUAAGUAUGAUUAGUAGUGACAACCAACAUGUGGUUGAACGUGCCUGCUGUGCUCUUUCUGCUCUUUCCUCUGAUGUUUCUGUCGCACUGCAGCUGGUGAAAGCUGACAUCAUGCAACCUAUUGAAACAGUUCUUAAAUCUUUAUGUCGAGAAGAGGUAAUAUCUGUACUGAAACUCGUGGUGACGUUAGCUUUUACAUCUGAUGCUGUAGCUGAAAAGAUGUUAUCCAAGGAUGUAUUGAAAUCAUUGAAAUUAUUAUGUGCCCAUAAGGAUCCAGAGGUGCAACGGUUGGCUCUAUUAGCUGUUGGAAAUUUAGCCUUCUGCCUAGAGAAUCGUCAUAUUCUUGUUACUUCUGAAAGUUUGCGGGAACUCCUCUUGCACCUGACUGUUGCAGCUGAACCAUGUGUGAAUAAAGCUGCUGCUCGUGCUUUGGCAAUUCUUGGAGAAAAUGAAAACCUGCAGCGUGCAAUCAGAGGCAGACAAGUUCCAAAGCAGGGACUUCGUAUACUAUCAAUGGAUGGAGGUGGGAUGAAAGGUCUAGCUACCGUGCAGAUUCUAAAGGAAAUUGAAAAGGGAACUGGAAAGCGAAUUCAUGAGUUGUUUGAUUUAAUAUGUGGCACAUCAACAGGUGGAAUGCUAGCUGUUGCCCUUGGGAUUAAGUUGAUGACUCUAGAAAAAUGUGAAGAUAUAUACAAAAAUCUUGGGAAGAUUGUUUUUGCUGAACCUGUGCCAAAAGACAGUGAAGCUGCAUCUUGGAGGGAAAAGUUAGAUCAACUUUAUAAGAGUUCAUCAAAGAACUUUAGAGUUGUUGUUCAUGGAUCAAAACACAGUGCGGAUCAGUUUGAGAGGUUAUUGAGGGAAAUGUGUACUGAUGAGGAUGGGGAUUUAAUGAUCGAUUCAGCUGUGAAAAACGUGCCCAAAGUUUUUAUUGCAUCAACCUUGGUAAGCGUGACACCAGCACAGCCAUUCGUAUUCCGCAACUAUCAGUACCCCGCUGGGACACCUGAGGUGUCUCUUGUGAACUCAGAAAGCUCAGUUAUCUCUGAAUUAUCAUCUCCUACAAUAGGUGCCCAAGUUGGCAAUAAGCGGAGUGCUUUCUUUGGAAGUUGUAAGCAUCAAUUGUGGCAGGCUAUUAGAGCAUCAUCUGCUGCUCCAUAUUAUCUUGAUGAUUUUUCAGAUGAUGUCAACCGCUGGCAAGAUGGUGCGAUAGUGGCAAACAAUCCUACAAUUUUUGCCAUAAGGGAAGCACAACUUCUUUGGCCUGACACAAAAAUCGACUGCCUAGUUUCAAUAGGGUGCGGUUCAGUUCCAACAAGGAUGCGAAAAGGGGGAUGGCGCUAUUUAGAUACAGGACAAGUGUUGAUUGAGAGUGCAUGCUCCGUUGAUAGGGUAGAUGAAGCUUUGACUACAUUACUACCUAUGCUUCCUGAGAUGCAGUAUUUUCGUUUCAAUCCAGCUGAUGAACGUUGUGAUAUGGAACUUGACGAGACAGAUCCAACUAUCUGGCUGAAGUUGGAAUCUGCAGUUGAUGAAUAUAUUCAAAAGAACCAUCAGGCACUUGAAAGUGUCUGUGAGAAAUUGCUUCUGCCUUUCCAACAUGAAGAGAACUGGUUAGAGAAUAUAAAAUAUAAACAACCAAAGACAAAGGAUUCAAUUGAGGGUGCCAGUGGACCCACAUUAGGGUGGAGGCGUAAUGUACUACUUGUUGAAGCUUCACAUAAUCCAGAUUCUGGAAGAGAGAUCCGCCAUGCCCAAGCACUUGACUCAUUUUGUGCUCACAAUGGAAUACGGUUAUCCCGUAUGCAGGGUUUAUCCAGAACUGUAAAGGCUGUUCCUGCGACGGCAUUUCCAACUCCAGUUGCAUCACCUAUGUUUACAGGAAGCUUCCCAUCAACUCCACAUGUCUAUAGUCCUGAUUUUGGUCAGAGGAUUGGUCGAAUUGAUCUCAUCCCACCUCUAAGUUUAGACGCACAAUUGGGAAAAACUACUGCAUCACCUCCAGUCUCUCCUCGAGGACUUAGACAACUACCAUUGCCUGUCCAAUUGUUGCAUGAGAAAUUACAGAAUUCACCACAAGUUGGUGUCAUUCAUUUGGCUCUUCAGAAUGACUUGGAUGGCUUAAUCAUGAGUUGGCACAAUGAUGUGUUUGUGGUGGCUGAGCUGGGGGAGCUUGCUGAGAAAUUUCUACAAAGUGUUAAAGUUAGUUUAUUGUCAUCAAUGAAGAGCCGUCGCAGAAAGUGUGCAUCUCUGCUUGCCAAUAUUUCUACUGUUUCUGAGUUGGUUGCUGCUAAACCUUAUUUCCAAAUUGGUGGCAUUCUUCACCGAUUUGUUGGCCGUCAAACCCUAGUUAUGGAGGAUGACUAUGAAGUUGGAUCGUAUUUAUUCCGUAGGACUGUACCUUCUUUGCACUUGACACCUGAUGAUGUUCGACAGAUGGUUGGAGCAUGGAGAGACAGGAUCAUUAUAUGCACUGGUUUACAUGGACCCAGUGCAGCUCUGAUCAAGGCCUUUCUAGACUCUGGUGCCAAAGCUGUCGUAUGUUCUUCGAAUGAACCCCCAGAACCUCUGUUAACCCAUUUUGAUGGUUCUCGGGAGAUGAAUGCAUUGGAAAAUGGAAAAUUUGAAAUUGGAGAGGAUGAAAUGGAAGAUGAGCAUGAACUUGAGAGUCCAUCAAGUGACUGGGAAGAUAGCGAUGCUGAAAAACUUGAGGAACAAACUACGUACAUUUAUGAUGAUAACGAGGAGGAACUGUCACAAUUUGUCUGUCAACUGUAUGAAUCAUUAUUCCGUGAGGGUGCUGGUAUCAAGGUUGCUCUGGAGCAGGCUCUCGCCUCACACCGAAGGUUGGGGUACGUGUGCCAUCUCUCGAGCAUAUAAUGAUUUGUUCCCUUACGCUUAAAAGUACACACAUAUACACUGAACAUAUUCUUAUAGAGGUACAGUGGAUGUCUAAUUUUGAGGCAUGAAAUGACGUACAUAAGGAAUGUAAAGUAGUCUCUUAUUUCUUUUUAAACCUUAACAUUGAUCGAUUAUGGCUUUGUAAUAUAACAUUGUCAAUCUUGUAACUCUCUGGAAGCCUAGACUCUGCCUUGCCCAUAUUGUUCAAUUGACAAGAACAUGGGAGGCCUGGCCUUGUACUGUCUCUUGAAGACGAUUAUUCUUUUAUGCAUAUAAUUAGUUACUUUGGCCGCU